AAUGGAGAUGGAGGAGGAGCACGUGAUGAGCGAGGUCCACUUAGGAUGCCCACCUGGUCUCUCAGAUCCUCAUAUUUCAACAUUCACCGUUCGUCUUGUUCCGUUUCCACAGCGCAAAGAAGAAGAAUCAGUGGCAUGUGAGAGUCUGCAAUUUGAUGAAGAUGGUGACCUCCUUCUUCGUAGAAGCAGCACUGUGAGAAUCAGAAUCCGCCAUAAUAUCACUUCUUCAAUUCCCAAUGUUGGUCUCCAGGUAUGGAGAGCUGAAUUGGUAUUAUCUGAUUUCAUAUUGCAUAAAGCAUUAUGUUCAUCUGAAUUCCGUGGAGUUGUUGCAUUGGAACUUGGUGCUGGAACCGGUUUGGUGGGUUUAUUACUUGCACGUGUUGCAAAUGCAGUGUUCCUAACAGACCGGGGUAAUGAAAUUCUUGAAAACUGUGCAAAGAAUGUUGAGCUUAAUUUUGGAUUAUUGAAUUAUCAAGCUGCAAUUCAUGUACGAGAACUUGAUUGGUUCAAUUGCUGGCCUCCACAGCCAAGAAUAGGAGAGGAUCCUUGCACACCAAGUUAUUCUUGGACGUCUGGCGAGAUUGAAGAUGCAGAGAAUGCUACUUUGUUGGUGGCAGCUGAUGUUAUUUACAGUGAUGACCUUACCGACGCAUUCUUCAGCACCGUAGAGGGAUUAAUGUCAAAGGGCUCAAAAAAGGUGUUAUACUUGGCAUUGGAAAAGCGCUACAACUUCAGUCUUUCUGAACUUGACAUAGUUGCAAAUGGAUAUUCACAUUUUCGAAACUACUUCAAGAAGGAGGAUGAAAAUGAAGAAGGCCUUGAAUCUGUAAGCAUGAGUAACUUUGUUGGGAAGCUGAUAGACAUGUCUCAAAUUCCACAAUAUGUUAGAGAGUAUGAAAGAGGACAUGAAGUUGAGAUUUGGCAGAUCAAAUAUUGCGGACCAAAACAUGAAGCCUCAGUUACCCGGGGUUAAAAUUUUCAAGUAGAAAGAAAUCUCUUACCAUUGUUGUUUAUGUAUCUUAAUGAUUAACAUCAUCCAAUUCAUUUUUCCGAUAGGAAUGAAUUUACUAAGCUAAAACAGUGAGUGGUGCAUGGAAAGUACCAAGUCUGACAGCUAGUGACAACGAUGCCAUAAUCUUAA